AUGGAAUCUUCCGUCGCUCCGGUUCCUUACCGACGCUCGCAUCUGCCGAAUCGGACUUAUCGCUCUUUGCUUCACCACCUCUGCUCGAGUUUCGAUCGGGAGCCCAGAGUUUCUCUUGCCACACCGUCUGUUCUCCAGGAGCUGGUCUUAAGAAAAGAAAUUGCUCAAGUGUCUCCGGGAGAAACUUGCGAACCUGGAGAAGUAUGUCCUGUUGAAAAGCCACCGGAGAAUUCAUCUGUGCCGAAAUCAAGAUCCGCUGGAGAAUCUGGUGAUUCAAGAGCUGAGAAGGUGGAAAGGAUUUCACAGGAAAAGAGUUUGAUUGUUGGAGAUGUUUUCGAUGGACUUGACUUGCAAGAUGCAUCUGUUGGUAAUCAACACAAUGAUUUCUUUGAUGACUUUGAGCUUAUGAUAGAUGUAAGUGAAGACAUUGUUCCUGAAAAUUGUGUGGAUCUUUUUGAGGCAUUGGAUGUGAAUGAUUAUGGUGAUGAUGGUAUGGCGAAACAAGCACUUGAUCUUGUUGAUAAUGUCGCAGAGAAGUCUGAUAUUGUAACUGAGCUUCAAGUAGAUCUAGUAAAAGGUGAUAAGAAGGUUUCUGAUAUUAUUGAGAGUAAGGCAGAGGAAGUUCCUAAAACAGUUGAAUCUAAUCAAGUUAUAAGUUUUGGAGUCUCGGAGAAUAAUAACGAAACACUUGCUAGAGAGAUGGAAUUGGAGAAACCUGUUAAUAGUAGUCAGGUCUUGGCAGCUUCGGUGUCUCAAAUGGUUGAAGAUGAAGAUGAUGAUGUCGAAGAAGGAGAGAUAUCUGGGAAUGACAAUGAUGAUAAUAUGCUUAUAGCAGAUGAAUUAGAAGUCGAAAGGCACGAGGAGUCUCAUGUAUCUCAAGAGGUAUUCGAUAAACAAGGAGAAGGAACUAGUAAGAGUUCUGCUUCUACUAGUCUCUUUUGUGGAGUAGGAUCAUUACCAACUCUUGAAAUCGUUGAAGAAAAGGAACAAAGACAGAUUGGAAAAAAGCUUGAUGUUGAAUUAUCAAAUGUAGAUAAUGGAGCUAAGAAGAGUGAUCAAACGUCCAAUAACAGAGAAAAGUUAGAUCCUGGAUCCAGCAUUAAAAAAAGGUCUGUGCCUUCUAAGGAGGCAAAAGCCAGAAAGAAGGCAAAAGCUCGGAAAAAGAGAGCUCAAGAGCGUAUAGCUCUUGGCGUGAAGAAGCUGAAACUGAAACCAGUAGCUCCGAAACCAAAGCCUAUUAAAUAUUGCCGACACUACCUCAAGGGACGGUGCCAUGAGGGAGAUAAAUGCAAAUUUUCGCAUGAUACAAUACCGGAAACCAAAUCUUCGCCUUGCUGCUACUUUGCAACCCAAUCAUGCAUGAAAGGAGAUGAUUGUCCGUACGACCACGAUCUCUCCAAAUACCCUUGCAAUAACUUUAUCACCAAUGGUUUCUGCCACAGGGGUGAUAACUGUUUGUUUUCCCACAAGGGUGGUACUCCACAAUCUACUUCAGAUAGACCGAGUGCAAAUGUAACAACCUCAUCUACUAACAUGGCUGCAGCGUCUUUCUCUUUUGGAAUCUCACCUCAGAAAUCAAAUAAACAAAGCGUGAGAGAAGCCAUAGCCAAAUUACCGACGAUCCAAGCAAGAGUUUCAAACCCAGUUGCGUUUUUGAAGCCCUCGAGUCAAUCUAACAAAAGAAUUUCAUCUGAUGCAUCAUCAUCUCCGAAGAUCGAUGAACAUGUAACACCUCCGCAGAUUCCUCCUUUGAGAAAACCAUCCGUUGCUCCAAAGGGUAUGAGUUUUCUCUCGUUAGACAAAACCUCACAGGAGGAGGGUACUGAGAAACCGCAUCUUGGAUCCAAACAAAACACAAAGAACUCUGAUAAUCGGAGCUUGAAGCUGGCACAAGAUAGAAGCAUUCUCCCUCUGGAGCCUCCAAAAGGGACCAGUUUCUUAUCAUUUGCAUCAGAUGAACACAAAGUUCUGAAUCAAGAGCCUCAAGAACCAGCAAGUAGUAAACAUCUCAAGAUAAGGCCUAACUCACACAUUCAAAGUUCUCUAAACUCAGCUAUGAAACUCGCUGCAGAAUUCGAAUCUGCUAAAGUUGAAAGACGCACAAAUGAUCAAGUAGAAGCUGUAAAUAAGAGCAAUGUUACAGUGAACAAAAGUAUAUCCAAAAACUCAGGGAACGUAUCUUCCAAGAUUCUCGAGUUCUUGUCGAGUUAUAGCCAUGGCAAAAACUGA